AUGGAAAAAGAAAAUCAAACAUUUAACUUCUAAAAUUUAAUCAUUGCAAUGUAUGUUUUGAAGGUUAAAUUUGAUUUUUCAAAAAAAAUUAGUGGACUAUUGAUAUUUAUGUCUAACUUGUAACCAUUAUGUUUUAUUUUUGAAUUACAAAAUACAAAUUUAGCUUCAACUCUGACAUUAAGAAUGGAAAAAUUAGAUAAUCAUAGCAAUACAUAUAUUUAUUAAAUACUUGAGAUUUUAUUUAGACCAUCAAUAAAAUUAAUUUUCAUAUUUGGCAAUUAUGUUGAAUAUGCAUUUUUUAUAGUAACAUUUCUUAUUUUGAUUCACAAAAUUGGAUUAAUUAUUUUUACCUAAUACUAUUUUAUUUAGGAAAAAUCAUAAAAAUUUAUAAAACUAGCUGAAAAUUCUUUUUUCCCUAAACUUUUUUGCUAUUACCUUAAUAUCUAUUAAUAAUUAGUUGGAUCUUAUUUAUUUUUGGAAAUGAAUUUCAUUUGUUUAACAUGCUUAUCAAAAUAAUUAGAAUAAUUAGAAAAUUAUGGAUUUUUACUGGUUACAUUAAAUAUUUUAACAAUGAUACUUUUAAUAAUUGAUUCUAUAGGAACAAUCAUAAUAAAUGAAUCCACAAUUACAAAUAAAGUAUAUGGAUUAGAAAAACUAGGGAUUACUAUAUACAGAUAUAUAUAUUAUGUAUUUAUCAUCAUACAAUCAAUUAUUGUAAUAGAGUUUGAUUAACUCCAUGUUGAAUAUAUUCUAAGUGCUAUUUUAUUAUGUUAAUAAUUAAUUCUUAUUUUGGAUUUGUUUAUUCAUUUUAAUUACAUCCUUCAUUAUUAAAAAUAUUCUUUAAUUAUUGCAAUUUCAAUAAACUUAUCCAUAAGUUUAUCUAUUUUUAUAGUAUCCACUUUUAAUGCAUAACUGUUAAAACUAUGUUGUUUGAUUAUAUUUUCAUUGAUAUUGAAAAUACUACUAAAUUUGGAUUAGAAAAAUGAAAAAAAAUAAAUGUUAGAAUUAUUUAAGACCAGCAAAACUAAUUUAAAUUAUCUAAGAUUUGGAUUGAUUUUCAUUUUAAAUAAUGAAAUAUAUUUCUAAUAAGAAGAUUUAAUAAUUAAAAUCUUAAUAGCAAAGUGGCAUACUUCAAGAUGCAAAUCUAAAUUAUGUACAUUUUGCAGUCAUAUUUCUAUUUAAAACCCUGAAUAAUGUUGUGGUAUUACAAAUGAGAUGUAUAAAUAAUUUGUUCAAUAAAUGAUUUCCUGUUUUUUGCAAAAGUCUACUGCAAACAAUAACAGAUCAAAUUAAAGAGAUUAUUCUUUAUUAUAUGCUUAUUUUCUAUUCGAUUUUGGAUGGAUAAUUAGAUCAAUAAAGAUUCUUGAUCAUCUUUUUUAAAAUAAAUAACCCUAUUAAUAACCAUAUUAUUAAUAAUAAAUUUAGUCUCCUAGUAAGUAUAAAUUUUAAGAAAAUUAAUUAUAACUUAAUGAUAACAAUUUUGACUAAUAUGGUCUAUAGAAAAUUAACAAUUUCUAACAAUUAGAUUAUAUAACAAAAGUUCAAAUGAAAUUUAUUGUAUAAUGUGGAAAAUCAUAGAUUAGCUCUUCACUUAUAGGAUCAUCAUUAUAAGCAACUUAAUAAUCAAUGAUAUAGGAAUUUAUUGAAAAAUCAUUAAAAUCAGAAAGUCUGAUAAGAUAUUUAGAAAGAAAAGUAAUGGAAACUCUUAUGUUAAAGUUAAAAUUAUAUCAUAAUUUAAAGAACACAUGUACACAAUCUUAAGAUGAAAUUAAUUUUAAUAAAUAACUCUAUUAAUUAUGUGAAUAAGUGUAUGAAGUUAAUAAACUUUUAAAAUUUCAAUUUAAAAACACACCUAAUUAAAAAAUUCAUGGUUUAUAUACAUUUUUUUAAGGAGAGAUAUUAUCUAAUUAUUAUAAAUCAAUAUUAUUUUAUAAAAAUUCAAAAAGUUUAGAAGUAGAAUUAAAUAAAUUUUAAUAAAUAAUAAAUUUUAAUAUAAAUCAAAAAAAUGUACAUUUUGCAAUAUUGGAAUUAUGUGAUGAUAUGUAAAAUUUAACUUUAAUAGGAUAAUCUCAAAACUUUUAUGAUAAUUAUGGAUCAAAUAAUGAAAAGUAAAGAUCUUUCGAAUAUUUAUUACCAGAUUUUUUGAUUCCAUAUCAUAAUUUAUAUGUUAAACAAUUUUUUGAAAAUGGAACUAGUAAAUAUUAUAAUGCUUUCCAGAUUAAUUUUAUAAUGAAUAAUUAACAUAUAUUAACAACUGUAAAUAUGUGUCAUUCUAUGACUAAUCUAUUCAAAAGUAAGAAUAUCACAUUUGCAGUAUUUUUAUAAGAAGCAACUCAAGAUAAAGCAUUUUUAGUUAUUGAUGGAACAAAUAUGAAAUGCAUAUUUACAAAAAAUUUACUUAUAUUAAUAGGAUGGUCAGAGUCUGAAAUUAAAUAUUUAAGUGCUUUAAAAGAAUUUAAUUAAGUUGAAAUAUCAUCAAUAUAUCCAAAUUUUACUACAGUAAUAAUGGAACAUUAAGAAAAUGAAAUUAAAUUAAGUUCAGUAAAUAUGUAUUUUCCUUCACCUUAAAGUAGUUUUGAAUCAAUUUAAUGUGAAAUAAAAAUAUCUCCUGAUAAAGCUAGAUAAAAUUUAAGAUUAUAUAAUAUCGAAUGCGAUAUAAUAAUAUAAAGAAAGUAAAUUGGUAAUUAUUGUUAUUUUAUAUUGGAUAUAAUAAAAAUGGCUGAAUUCAAUAGAGGUAGGGAAUUAUCAUAAAUACAUUAAAGAUUAUCCUUAAAUUCUAUUAAAUAAAAUGAAUCUUUAAAUUAACCACUUUUUUUAGAUUGUAUUGUAGAUUAAUAAGAUGAUUCACCUCAUAUUGGAAAUUUAAAUAGUGUAAAUUUUAUAAAUUAAUAAUAAAUUGGAUCUAUUUAAAAUAUAUCUAAGCCCUUACUUUUUUAGGUGAAUCCAAUAAUAUUUGUUAAUAAUUCUCCCGUUCUUAAUUCAAGAAGAGAAGAAACUAUAAAUUAAAGUGAAUAAUAAUUAAUAACUCAAAGAAAUAGUUUAAUUAAAUAAGAUAUCAAAUCUCCAAGUUUUAUCAAUCAAUAAAGUAUCUAAAGCAUUGAUGAUAAAGAAAACUCUUAAUUCAAAUCACCUAUUUUAAGAUUAAAAGAAAGUUCUGAUGAAUAAGAUAAAAUUCAUUAGAAUUAUGAAUUACUUCAGUAAAUUCUAUCUAUUAGUCCAUCUAGAUACUAAAAGAAAUUUAUGGUUCUAUUUAGUAUUUGGUUUUUAUUAUUUAUUAUUUUUAUAAUAGUAUAAUAUAUAGAACUUAAAAAUGAUUUAGAUGACCUUUUAUCUUUUGGAUUUAUGACUUCUUUUUAUGCUUCCAUAAUGGGGCCUCAUGAUCUAUUUUUUUCAAUGAGAGUAACAAUAACUGGCUAUUAAUAAAUGAAUAGAGAAGGUUUUCUAGCAAGUAAUCAAUUAUUUUAAUUAACUGAACCUUAUUAUGAGUCAAUUUAAUUAGGAUACACAGAAUUAAGAGAUAGUUUAUAUGAUUAACUAGAUAAUCAAUAUAUUAAAAGCUUUUUAGAUGAUGUGAAGGUUACGAUGAAUUUCAUGAAUAAGAAUGAAGAAGAAAUUUAUGCUGUUGAAAUUUCCUUUAGAGAUGCAUUAUUUAUUAUUUUAUAAUAUUAACAUGCUCAAAUGAUAACAUUUAAUCAUCGAGGUAGUACAUCUGGAUAACCAUAUUAAAUAUCACUAUUUGCUAAUUAUUUUAUGCUUCAUAAGGAAUGUGAAAGUUUAAAAAUUUCAAUGUAUGAUUAUGCAAUUUAGAUGCAUAAGAAUAUGAAUUAUAAAUUGAUUAUUUUAUGGAUAGCUUUUGAUUUGGCGUUAAUAAUAUUUUAUAUAUAUUUGUAGUUUUUUUAGAUUGAAUUUUUUCAAUAAUUAGAUAAAUUUAUCUAAUUGAUAUUUUUAAUAGAUGAACCAAUAUUAAAUAAUGAAAUUUAAAGAUUUAAUGAUUUAAUAGAUUCAAUAAAACUUAAUUCUAAUAUAUUGUUCAUGUAUAAUCCUGAGCAUCAAUUAUAAUAACAUUUAAAAAAACCAUUGCAUUCUCAAAAACAUUAAAAUCAGAAUCAGAAAUAUAAAUAGAACUUUUCAGCCAUUAAUAAAACUAGAAGCUUAAUUAAAAUUUUUAAUAUAGCAUUCCUUAUAUUUUUAUUAUCUAUUAUUCUUAUUUUUUCAUUAUUAAGCAUUACUUCUACAUAACUCUUUUUUAAUAAAUAUGAUGAUACUUUAAAAUUAUAUGAAAAAAUUUAAGAGAUGAAACUGAGAUCAGGUAAUUUAUUCUUAUACAGAGAAAUAUUUUUCAGAUGGGAAAACUUUACUUUUCUAACAGAAAAUAAUAAAUUAGAACUUUAUGAUUUAAUUGAUAAAGCCUAAAAUGCUAUUUCAAAUUAUAUUUAAAUAUCAAACACUAUAAAUUUUGAUUAUUAUUUAAUUGAUUAAAAUUUUAUAGAUUUAUUUAACAAUAUUAAUAGGAAUACUCUUUGUUAACAAAUUGAUGAAGUAAUUAUUUUAUAUUAUUAUUAGAAAUUUAAAAAUUUAUCAUCUGUAUAUUGUGGAUUAUCUUUUGACGGAUCAUUUGCUAAGGGAAUGAUUGUAACAUUGAAUUAUAUGUCCAAUUUAAUAAAAUCUUAAUAAGAAAUUAACAAUUUUACUCAUAGAGUUGAAAUGCAAUAUUAUGAAUAAGAAGGUUCACAAAUAGUUAGUAGAAUAUUUUUUGUUUUAGUUAAUCAAUUCAACAAAAGUCUAAAAGAAUAAUUUGAUGAUUUAAAAUUAUUUUUGACUGUAUUUUGUUAAUAUAUUAUUUUAGGUUUUAUCACUAUCAUUUGGCCUUCUAACAAUAAGUAUUUAAGGAUUAUUAUUUUAUUAUUAUUCGCCUUAUUUAGGUAGGAUAAUGAAAAUAAUUAAAAGAGUGGUUCAUUUGAUACCUUUUGAAUCAUUAAUGAAUAAUGAAAUAUUAGAAAGAUAACUAAAGGAACUAAAAUUUAGAUUUUAAUGA